CAAGAGUGGGCGUGAAGGCAGACCCACACACGUACACAAAGUGAAUACACUGUACUGUACUGUGUGAAUUUCAUGUACAGUAUCUUCUCUACACGACCUACUGUGUGUACACCUUCUCUACACACGCGACCUACUGUGUCAGAGAGAGACCACUAUAACAAGGAUCAGGUAGUACACUUGUGUCAGAUUGAUGGAUGAGGAGAGAGAGAGAAGACACUCAGGAAGUGGUGGUCGUGGCGGACGUGGGGGGAAGAAUGGACGCGGUUACCGUCCCUCAAGAGAUCAAAGACAUGAUCGCUCUCGUAGUGGGCGUGGCAAGGGUGACUACAUGGGCAGUGGUGGAAUGAUGAAGACUCCUAUAAUACUGGCUCGCUCUGAUCGACGUUCUGAAAGCUCUAUAAUGCCAGGGGCUAUAUCCAUCAUGCAGCGUCAUCCCCUCUCCCCCCGUGGGGGGGUUACCAGUCCAGGGGGUCUCUUACCAACCCCCCCAGAGGUACCUACCAAACAAAGGGAUGAUCACAGCAAACGAGCACCAAGAGUCCGCUCUGAUGGGCUCAGUUCUAGUCCCAGUAACUACACUCCACUACAACCAGGUUCAAGAAGUCGUACAGAGGUCAGCAAUAGUAGCGGGGUGAGUAGGAGCGAUCACUUUCUGUCUGGAGGCAAUGAAAUGGCUCAUCCCAUCAAGAUGGUAGACAGAGGACUUCACUGGGAAGAGAAGGGAAUGGAUUUUAUGCAGGAUCAGAGUGACUUUCUUGUUGUGGGUGUAGUGGGUAAGCAAGGUGUAGGCAAGAGCACUGUCAUGUCAUUGCUAGCUGGCACACGAACUGGAGCUGGCAAACCUUUCAUGUUCCGUACCCAAAGUAAAGAAGUGUGGGAGAAUGGAGGCUAUCAGACUACAGGUGUAGAUAUGGUCAUCACUGGAGAGAGAGUGGUGUUAUUGGACACUCAGCCAGUACUUAGUGAGAGUCUCCUGGAGCAGCUAUCCACUGAAGAAGGUGUAGUACCAGCUGGCCUCUCACCUGAUGCUUACCUAGAGGUCCAGUCCUUACAGAUGUCCAUGUUCCUGUACUCUGUGUGUCAUGUGGUGGUAGUGGUCAUGGACAGUAUGGAACAUUGCGAUCUACUCACAAGAUUCCUCAGAACUAUUGAGCAGAUGAAGUCAGUCAACACAGACUCAGCGGAGAUCAAUGAGAAGCAACAUUAUCCACAGCUAGUGUUUGUGCUCAAUCAUGCGUCACCGGAUGAUUUUCAACCGCUCUCUCUAAGGGAAAUGCACUCUAUCCUCAUCAGCGAGUUCCAUGGGUCAAAGGUCAACAUAGGAGGGGGUGUGUCACUGGCAAAGAGUGGGCUAGUGCCAAUUGGCAGAGGCUUCCCUGAUAAGAGAUUAGGAGAUAAGGUGGGUCCAGAAGAGGUCAACCUUCACCUACUACCAUCCAACCCUAACCUCGCUGAUACCUAUGGAACCUAUUCCACCUCUCACCCAGAGAAGUCAGAGUUGAACCUCAAUCCAAUAUUUCAUCUUUUGACCUCUUAUGACGGACACCCCAGCUUCAACCUGCUCUCAGAGACUCUACGUAACCAAGUGUUUGGUAUGCCACGCCCCCCUAUUAGGAAAGCUGCUCAACAACUGACAGAGAAGGAAUGGUUUGAUUACGCUAGGAGGGUGUGGCUUAGCCUCAAGAAGUCUGACCUUAUAUCAGAGUAUGACAGGAUAUUACAGAGCACCACCCCUCCUGGCUAAACACAGACUAACUAUAAUAAUCAGUAUUUCAAUAAUAUCAAUUAAUUUUAUACAAUUAUCGUGCAUUCUUAUUUUUAUGCAAAGCAAAUAACUUAUAGAUGUAUAAAAUUGUCACUUAAGAAAUCA